GGAUUGUGAUCUCAGAUUGUGAUUGUUUGUGGACCUCAGACACUAGAUAUUAUAUUACAUAGUAAGAAAGCUCUGAUAUUGCUACACCGGCCGGUAUCUGCUGCUGCGUUUAAAAAUAAGUGAUUUUGUUUCCGAGUUUUUGUGAAGUCAUUCUAAAAAAAUAAUAAUUUAAAAUAUUCACAAUGUCGCGGUUAGAUCUGGUGAUAUUUGGAGCUACGGGUUUUACGGGUAAACAAGCUGUGAUUCAUAUGGUUAAGUUCGCAAAAAAAUAUGAUCUUGGAUCUUGGGGAGUCGCAGGACGUUCGGAGACAAAGCUUGCUAACUUAAUGACAGAAGUUUCCAAGAAAACUGGAGAAGAUGUUUCCAAUGUCAAGAUUAUUAUAGCAGACGUAGAUGACGAGAAAUCUCUCAAGGACAUGUGCUCGCAAACCAAAAUGGUUGUCAACUGCUGUGGCCCUUACCGUUUGUACGGCGAGCCUGUUGUUAAAGCUGCCGUGGAAAAUAAGGCCAAUUAUGUUGAUGUGAGUGGAGAACCGCAGUUCAUGGAGUUGAUGCAACUGCGCUAUGACGAGCAGGCGCGCGCAGCGGGAGUUUUUAUCGUCAGCGCUUGUGGUUGGGACAGUAUUCCGGCCGACAUGGGUGUCAUCUUUUUGAAACAAAACUUUGCUGGGACACUGAACUCAGUAGAGUCAUAUCUAAAGACCUACAUGCCCCCUGAAGUAGAAGCUGAGGCUCGUGAGCGAGGAGUGAUCAAUUAUGGUACCUGGGAGUCCCUAGUCUAUGGUAUUGCUCACCAUGAUGAGCUGCCAGCCCUAAGAAAGAAACUAUAUCCAGACCCGUUGCCCCCACUUAAACCUAAGCUGCUACGACAAAAGUUACAAAAGAAGGGGAGUAAAUGGUAUCUUCCAUUCCUAGGAGCUGAUGAAUCAGUAGUCUACCGUACCCAGCGUUAUUUGUAUCACAAAGAACAGCAGCGACCAAUCCAAUUUAGAGCUUACUUCAAAUCUGGGGGUUUAUUGCAAACCAUUCUUACUAUUUUUGGUGGAAUCCUACUGUACAUAAUGACGAAGUUUUCAUUUACAAGGAAUAUAUUACUGAAGUAUCCAAAGGUUUGCUCCUUUGGCAUGAUAACAAGGGAGGGUCCUACUGAUAAUGUCAUGAAUAAUACACAUUUUACAUUUGAGCUGGUCGGUAAGGGAUGGGAGAAUGGUGCGGACGUGGAGAACACAAAGCCAAAUAAGACUGUAAUUGCAAAAGUGACUGGCACAAACCCAGGCUAUGGGGCCACCGUUGUAGCACUGUUGAUGUCAGCUCUCACUAUCCUUAAGGAAAAGGAGAAUUUACCUGCAGCAGGUGGAGUUGCAACUCCUGGAGCUGUUUUCAAAAAUACUAAUAUAAUAAAGAAACUUAUUGAGAACAAUUUAAAUUAUGAAAUUGUUGAUGGUAAAUAACUUUGUUAACAUUUUCAUUCUUAUUAAUUAUGAUGGGCAUUUAAAGGGAAAUAAGAUAUUCUAUUAAUCAUUCCAAAUGUUUAAUAAAUAUAAUUUUAUAUAA